ACAAGUGUGCUAGGUUUUCCUGAUCUGCAGCUCAGUUGAACACAGUGGAUUUUCUCCCAUAUCUUACUGUGCAUUAUAAAUCUGCAUGGUCAAGAGAAGGAGCAAACCAGCCAGCAAAUUUGGAUCGUCCUUUUGUAAAUAGCGUUAUCUUCAGCAGAUUAUGCUGACAUGCUCUUUAAACCUUGUUGGAUCAGUCAUAUAGAACAACUUGGCACAACCUUUGUCCACUUCUUUGAGGGAAAACAAAAAUCCUUGAACUUUAUCGAGUUGGAGCAACUUCACAUUUACUCAUUUUAGAAGCAAAAACGGUGGAGAGGAAAAUAAAAAGCAUGCACAUUAGUAAGAAUGGUGGGCCAUCAAAAAUGCAAGAUAGAAAAGGGAACUAUAUCUCCUUAUCCUUACAAAUGUCAACGAAAGACUUUGUGUGCACCUGCUCCAUUUGCAGGGGAAACAAGCUGUCAGUGUAAAGCUCCUCAUGAGAAGCUAACCAUUGCUCAGGCCCGCCUUGGGACACCAGUGGACAGACCUGUCAGAGUCUAUGCAGAUGGAAUAUUUGAUCUCUUCCAUUCUGGCCAUGCUAGAGCACUUAUGCAAGCCAAAACUCUGUUCCCUAAUAGCUACUUGUUAGUAGGAGUUUGCAGUGAUGAUCUAACCCACAAGUUUAAAGGCUUCACUGUAAUGAAUGAAGCAGAGAGGUACGAGGCCCUCAGACAUUGCCGCUAUGUAGAUGAAGUCAUCAGAGAUGCGCCAUGGACGCUCACGCCAGAGUUUCUGGAAAAACAUAAGAUUGAUUUUGUAGCCCAUGAUGACAUUCCAUAUUCUUCUGCUGGUUCAGAUGAUGUUUACAAGCACAUAAAGGAGGCAGGGAUGUUUGUACCAACCCAGAGAACUGAAGGCAUCUCAACAUCAGAUAUCAUCACUAGAAUUGUGCGUGAUUAUGAUGUCUAUGCCCGUCGCAAUCUUCAGAGAGGAUAUACUGCUAAAGAGCUGAAUGUCAGCUUUAUUAAUGAGAAGAAAUAUCGCUUUCAGAAUCAGGUAGACAAAAUGAAGGAGAAAGUAAAGAAUGUGGAAGAAAGAUCUAAAGAGUUUGUGAAUCGAGUGGAAGAAAAAAGUCACGAUCUCAUUCAGAAAUGGGAAGAGAAGUCUAGAGAGUUUAUUGGCAACUUUUUAGAGCUAUUUGGUCCAGAUGGAGCCUGGAAGCAGAUGUUUCAAGAAAGGAGUGGACGAAUGCUUCAAGCCUUGUCUCCAAGGCAAAGCCCCACAAGCAGCCCAACACGGGGACGCUCCCCAUCACGGUCUCCAUCUCCCCCUUCCCCCUGGCUUUUCAGGAAGACGUCACCUCCUUCCUCUCCCAAAGCUGCUUCAGCAUCCAUCAGCAGCAUGAGUGAAGGAGAUGAGGAUGAGAAGUAAGAAAAAGGGAGAAGUAGUAAUCAGAAAAGAAUAGGAAAACGCACAACAUCCACUCAUUUACAAGUGAAGUGAGGAGAAGAAAGAAUUUUAAAAGAUGCAUGAGAUAUUUCUGAAGAGGAAAUAGAAGCAUAUACAGAUACAGAAGCACUGAAGAUCUCAGCUACAGCACAGGUACUUGCUGAUAGGGGAAUUGCCAGGUUGACAACACAUGAUGAAAAGAUAUGCAAUAAAUAAAUAAAUAUUGCCCAAUAAUUAUGAA